AUGAUAAGUACUUCACCAAUUGAAACUAUGGAGACAAAUACUGACGAACUUACUUUGGAAAAUGUUAUUUACACAGGAUCCAGCGAAAAAUGUUGUGUUAUUUGUCGUGAAUUUCGUAGUUCUUCGACCGACAUGAUAACUAUGCCAAAAUCAGCUCGGCUGGAUCUGCUGAUACUUCAUCGUCUUUAUGCUCCGCAAGGUGUUCGAUGUUGUAGACUGCAUAUACUCGACAAUAACCGUCUCGACCCAAAUGGUUUUGUGGAGAUAGAUAGUCGCGAAAAAUUGAAAGCAAGUCUUCAGUCCGAUGAACUAAUUCGUUUGUUAGAUGAUUUACUUUUGCUUAUUAAAGAAGCUAUGGAAUUGCCACGUCUCGAUUUUCAAGAUCCAUUGCUCUCAGAUGAUGAUUACAUGGCAUGGACAGGUUGGACAAAAAGACAGUUUGACGCAAUGUUCGAAGUACUUUCUCCCAUUCUUCGGUCAUCAUGUAAUCGUGACACACGCAACGCCUUAGCGGUUUUCUGGAUAAAAGCUAAAACAAACUUAUCAUUCAGUCAAAUAGGAACUUUAUUUAAUUACAGAGGCGAUAGUGAAACUCGUCGAAAACGCGUCGGGGAUACUUUUGAUUCUGUGCGAAUGAUUUUGGUUCGUGACUUCGUACCACUCAAUCUUGGUGUUGGUCACUUGACGCGAGAACAGGCUUUGACGCAUAACACUGCUUUCAGUAAAGAAUUUUGUGAUAACAAUGUGACGAUAAUUUGGGACGGCACAUACCUUUAUCUCGGAAAGAGCAGUGACCAUUAUGCUAAUCGUUCUACAUACUCUGGUCAAAAGUGUCGUCAUCUCGUUAAGUUCAUGUCACUCGUGCUUCCUGAUGGGUAUGUUUUAGACACAAUAGGUCCUUUUCAAGGAACAGCAAACGACGCUAGUAUCACUGAACGUAUACUUGAAACAAGAAAUGAUUUGGUGGCAUGGUGCGACUAUGGUGACAUUAUGAUAUGUGAUAGGGGUUUUAGAGAUGUUAUUCAAACCAUGUCCGAUCUCGGCUACGAAGUUAAAAGUCCAGUUUAUCUCGAGAAAUCCAAGAAUCAACAUACGACAACUGAUUCUAACGAGUCUCGGCUAAUCACGAAAGUAAGAUGGACAGUCGAAUCGUACCAUGCCAGAAUGAAGAAAUGGCGUAUAUUAUCCGAUCGAAUCGAAAAUCAAUUCUUAUCAAAACUUGGCGAUAUAGUCAGAAUUAUUUCUGCCGGUCUUAAUGCUUUCAGAGGUCCUAUCAUUAGUGAUGUUGAUGAUGACCAAUCAAAGAUGAUGGCCAAAUUGAUGAAAGAGCAAAAAUCCAAAAAUAAUACAUUAAAAUGUGAUAUUGAUCGUGGUUUAAUAAGUUCUCGAUCACAAUGGAAAAAGCUGGAUGAUGAGAACAUUGUCUUUCCAGAGAUGGAUUUGGACCACUUACGAGAACUUUUCUUUGGUACAUAUCAGAUUAAGCAAAGUGAAACGUAUACCGAAGAACAUCUCGAUGAAGAAGGAAAUUAUGUCGUUCAGGUCGCUCCAGAAGAGGAUGAACUUAUACGUUGUCGAAUUCAAAGUCGCCACUCUAAUGCAACACGCUAUUAUGCUUGGAUUCGGUACUCAUUAUCAGAAAAUACAAUCACAGCUUGGUACUGCCAGUGUCGAUCUGGUGCUCGAACAGUCGGUUGCUGCGGACAUAUUGCAAGUGUCAUAUGGUACUUAUCAUAUGCUCGCUUACAUGACUUUCAUCCAUCACCUGGCCGAAUGAGAGUUGUUCAGGCUAUAGAAUAUCUUAGAUGA